ACUUUCUUAUGCCUUAUAUUCUUGCUUUUCAUUCUCCGCUGACCUAUCAUUUUAUCAUUCAAAACCCUAAAGGCCGCUCCCGCCGCAAGCGCCGACGAAAAUGGCAGUCUCCGAGGGAUUGGUUCUCCGCGGCACCAUGCGAGCCCACACCGAUAUGGUCACUGCCAUCGCCACUCCCAUUGAUAACUCCGACAUGAUCGUCACUUCCUCACGUGACAAAUCCAUCAUCCUUUGGCACUUAACCAAAGACGAAAAAACCUACGGCGUCGCGCGUCGUCGUCUCACCGGCCACUCUCAUUUCGUCCAAGAUGUUGUCCUCUCCUCAGAUUCCCAGUUUGCUCUCUCCGGUUCCUGGGAUGGUGAGCUUCGUCUAUGGGACUUAAGCGCAGGAACUUCCGCUCGUCGUUUCGUUGGCCACACCAAAGAUGUGCUUUCCGUUGCCUUUUCAAUUGACAACCGUCAGAUCGUCUCAGCUUCUCGUGAUCGAACUAUCAAGCUUUGGAAUACCCUUGGAGAAUGCAAAUACACUAUCCAAGAGGGCGAUGCUCAUACAGAUUGGGUAAGCUGUGUUCGUUUCAGCCCAAAUACUCUUCAACCCACCAUCGUUUCGGCUUCCUGGGAUAAGACCGUGAAAGUUUGGAACUUGACUAACUGCAAGAUUCGUAACACAUUGGCCGGACACACUGGUUAUGUGAACACGGUGGCGGUUUCGCCUGAUGGUUCUUUAUGUGCUAGUGGAGGCAAAGAUGGGGUGAUUCUGUUGUGGGAUUUAGCUGAAGGAAAGAAGCUUUACAGCCUCGAAGCUGGUGCCGUAAUUCACUCGCUUUGCUUUAGUCCUAAUAGGUACUGGCUUUGUGCUGCAACGGAGCAGAGUAUCAAGAUCUGGGAUUUGGAAAGCAAGAGCGUAGUCGAAGACUUGAAGGUUGACCUCAAGGCCGAGGCUGAGACAUCUGCAGCCACCGACAACGCAAACAAAAAGAAGGUGAUAUAUUGCACAAGCUUGAACUGGAGUGCAGAUGGAAGCACCUUGUUUAGUGGGUAUACAGAUGGUGUUAUCAGAGUUUGGGGAAUUGGUCGUUAUUAAGAUGAUGAUGGUGUUGCAAUCAUAAUAGCAACUUUUCGCCACAGAUCAGUUGCCUUCUGGUUCUUAGUCUUUUUUUAAGAUUUUGUUAAAAAAUGUUUGAAAGGAUCUUUGAGUCGUUUCUUUAUCUUAAUGUAUUCGGAUGGGGAUAUUGGUAGGCGUUGAGGCCUAUGCGCUAUUUUGGUUUCCUAGUAUUAAGUUUAGAUAUAUUUAAUUACCCGUUUCAAA